AUGUGUGGAAUUUUCGGUUACGUCAAUUACCUUGUGGAAAAGGACCGCAAGUUCAUUAUCGACACUCUUAUUAACGGUCUCUCCCGUCUCGAGUACCGUGGGUACGAUUCUGCCGGUCUCGCCAUCGAUGGAGACAAGAAGAACGAGGUGCUUGCCUUCAAGGAGGUGGGUAAGGUGGCCAAGCUGAAGCAGCUCAUCGCCGAGUCCGAAGUCGACCUCACCAAGGUUUACGAUUCACACUGCGGAAUUGCCCACACACGCUGGGCGACACACGGCCCCCCGUCCCGCAUCAACUGCCACCCCCACAGAUCGGACCCCAAGUGGGAGUUCGCCAUUGUCCACAAUGGCAUCAUUACAAACUACAAAGAGCUCAAGACUCUGCUCGAGAGCAAGGGCUUCCGGUUCGAGACCGAGACAGACACCGAGUGCAUCGCAAAGUUGGCCAAGUACCUCUUCGACCAACACCCCAACGUGGGCUUCACCGACCUCGCCAAGGCCGUCAUUAACGAGCUCGAGGGCGCCUACGGUCUCCUCAUCAAGAGCGUGCACUUCCCCCACGAGGUCAUUGCUGCCCGCAAGGGCUCUCCCCUCGUUAUUGGUGUCAAGACCCAGAAGCGCAUGAAGGUGGAUUUCGUUGAUGUCGAAUACGCCGACGAGAACGCCCCUCUGCCCGCAGAGACGGCGGCUCAAAACGUCGCGUUCAAGAAGACGGUUGCAUCUUCUGGCGGCAAUUUUCUUUCCCCUAACGGUCUCCUGGGCGCCGCCGACAAGUCGCUGCUCCACCGCUCACAGUCGCGUGCCUUUAUGACAGACGACGGCAUGCCGAUGCCCACCGAGUUCUUCUUGUCUUCGGACCCGUCGGCGAUUGUUGAACACACCAAGAAGGUUAUGUACCUUGAGGAUGAUGACAUUGCGCAUAUUCACGAGGGAUCUCUGAACAUCCACCGCUUGAAGAAGGCCGAUGGCAGCAGUAACGUGCGAACCAUCCAGACGCUCGAGCUCGAGCUGCAGGAGAUCAUGAAGGGCAAGUUCGACCAUUUCAUGCAAAAGGAGAUUUUCGAGCAGCCCGAGUCGGUCGUCAACACGAUGCGCGGUCGUCUUGAUGUUGCCAACAAGGCAGUGACGCUAGGUGGGCUUAGGAGUUAUAUUAGCACUAUCCGUCGCUGCCGUCGCAUCAUUUUCAUCGCCUGUGGCACCUCAUACCACAGCUGCAUGGCUGUACGAGGUGUAUUCGAAGAGCUCGCCGAGAUACCCAUCGCCGUAGAGUUGGCUUCCGAUUUCCUCGAUCGCCAGGCGCCCGUUUUCCGCGAUGACACGUGCGUCUUCGUCUCGCAGUCGGGUGAAACGGCAGACUCGCUUUUAGCGUUGCGGUACUGCCUGGAGCGCGGAGCGCUGACGGUUGGCAUUGUCAAUGUCGUUGGCUCGUCCAUCUCCCUGUUGACCCACUGUGGUGUGCACGUCAACGCGGGACCCGAGAUCGGUGUCGCGUCGACCAAGGCAUAUACAUCACAGUUCAUCGCCAUGGUCAUGUUUGCGCUGUCGCUUAGUGAGGACCGCGCCUCCAAGCAGAAGCGGCGUGAGGAGAUCAUGGAGGGACUGGGCAACAUCAGCGGCCAGAUCCAGUCGAUCCUGCAGCAAGACCAGAAGAUCAAGGAUUUGUGCACUCGCAUGUUCAAAGACCAGAAGAGCUUGCUGCUUCUAGGCCGUGGCAGCCAGUACAGCACAGCGCUGGAGGGCGCGCUCAAGAUAAAGGAGAUCAGCUACCUUCACUGUGAGGCGGUGAUGAGCGGUGAGCUCAAGCACGGUGUGCUAGCUUUGGUGGACGAGAACCUGCCCAUCAUCAUGAUCUUGACUCGUGACGACUUGUUUAGGAAGAGUCUGAAUGCCUACCAGCAAGUUAUUGCUCGCGGUGGCAAACCGAUUGUGAUCUGCAACACAGGCGACGAGGAGUUCAAGGUCAACCAGGCCGAGAGGAUCGAGGUUCCCAAGACGGUCGACGUCCUGCAGGGCAUCUUGAACGUCAUCCCGCUCCAGCUCAUUGCAUACUGGCUCGCUGUCAUGGAAGGCCUUAAUGUGGACUUUCCACGCAACCUGGCUAAGUCUGUGACGGUGGAGUAA